CAGAGUAAUUUUAUGGAGUAUCUGUAUUACUACUACUAGUAUUGAAGUUUCCUGCAUAUGGAGAAAAUGAAACGGUAAGCAGUACAUUGAAUAGCAACAGCGAAGAGGUAAAAGAAAACUAAGUUAAAAAAGUUAUAUAAAGAUGAAGGCAAAGGUUCAGUAGAUCCUUGGGUUUAAGCAGACGUGGUGUGAAUAUCUGGUAAUACAGUACGUCACAGUGGUGAGAGGAUGACAGACCCACUACCUGUCCCACCAGAUUCCUCACCGGAGUCGGAUUAUCGCUUGUGGAUCGGAAACCUGGACUCCAGGUUAACAGAGUUCAGCAUACUGAAGAUUCUACAGAAGUUUGGAUCCUUAAAAAAGUUUGACUUCCUGUACCACAAAUCCGGCCCAGACCAGGGAAAAUCUAGAGGCUAUUGCUUCGCCAGUUAUGAUAAUAAAGCAAGUGCAGAGCAUGCCAUGGCUAAAAUGAAUGGAAAACUAGCUUUGUCAAAACGGCUGAUUGUGAAGUGGGCCAAUAAGGAUGUAUCUAUUGAGCAGGAGAAACCCAAGAUGACUAAUGCAGGGAACAGAACAGAAGAGGAAGAUAUUAGCCCUCAGAGCAAAAUACAAGCAAUAGAGGCCAAGUUGCAGAAAAUGCAAGACAGAAAUCCAUCCAUGGACCUGAAAGCUGUGCCCGGUAGCAGCCAGCUGAGCGUGGUUCAGAGGGAGGCCCGUCUAAAACAGCUUGAGCUGAUCAAUGCCAAAAAACAGUCCAGGAAGCCAUACAAGAGGUGAUCAGUCACAGCAUUGCUUCCAUACAAUGGAGAAUCCCAGUCUGGCUGAAUGAAAGCCUCCGACCCAUGGUCUACCACUUAUUGCCAAAAUGGACACCUCGUCAUGCUGUUGACCUGAUCAGGGUGUAUGCAAUUUUAGUUAUGGAUGUGUUAAUAUGUUGGAUUUUGUUAGCAUCGUAACUUAUUUCAUUAAGACAGAUUCCAUUUUUGUUAAAAGAAACUUCAAACUGUCUGGAAAAAAAUUAAGAACAAUAAAUCAUGGUUUGUGCAAAUUUA